AUGAAGGUCGCCGCAUCCGUCGCUGCUGUUGCAGCUUUCGCUUCCAGCGCUGCCGCUGCCGUCGCUGCUCCAUCCAGCACCUGGGCUGAUUGGACCUCCACGACCACGACCACUACGACCACCACUACGACCACCACUCCUGUUGCCGCCUCCAGCACCUGGGCCGACUGGACCUCGACCACCACUACCACCAGCACUACUCCCGACAGCUGGACCACCACCGUUGUGACCGCCAUCACCACCUACUGCCCUGAGGCCACCAAGAUUACCCACGCUGGCAAGACCUGGACAGUCUCCUCUGCCACCACCUUGACCAUCACUGACUGCCCAUGUACUGUCUCUGUCCCAGUCUACACCACGACCUCCACCUCUUGCAGCGAGACUGCCUCCACCUGGGUUGAUUGGACCUCUUCAAGCGUCCCCGUUGCGGAGACCACCUACAGCACUCCUGUCGCUGAGGUCACUGCCAGCAGCUCUCCUGUCUGGUCAUACAACGCAACCAGCUCCAGCCCGGUUUCCCCUGCAACCUUCACCGGCGCCGCCAACGCUCUUGUUGCUAACGUUGGCGCUGGUCUUGCCGGUGUCGGUGCCGUCGCUGCUUUCCUUUUGUAA